AUGUCGGAGGAAACCUCUACAGGUACCAGUAUAGUACAGACAAUGAUGACUGCAACUUUGCAUGAGCCAUCGUACAUUACUGUGACGUCAGUUAGCACCAUGAUAGCCUCGAGCUACAUUUCAUACAUAAGCACUGAAAUCGUAUCGUCAAUAUAUCUCUACAUAACCGUCAGCAAGACAGUAAUUGCAGCAUCUGUUUCAUCGUCUAUCGAGUCAUCUUCCUUAAUGACACUUACCUCUCGUUCAUUAACGCAAGAAACAAUACCUGAACCUUCAUUGACUCAGAAAUCCAAUGACACGUCUAGUUCUCAGUCGUUGGUUCAAGAGACAGUGUUCAUUCCAUCACCAACACAAUCAUCUAUCGCAACCUCUCAUCAAAAUACAACAGCAAUUGUCGCAGGUGCUUUGGGGGGGCUUAUCUUUGUGUGUAUGCUUCUCGCAGGGUUCUACUUUCUCCGUGGUUAUCGACUGAGGCACAAAAUCUCAACUAAAGAUAUAAAUGGUCAUUCAAUACUUCCUGAGAAAGGUGACGGAAAGGAUCCUGUUCAUGAGAUGACAGGAGAGGGAAAAGUUGGGUGUCCUCGGCAGGAGAUUGAGGGGAAUAGUCUUUCUGAACUCGAACAAGGAGGUAGCAGAAAGCAUCAGGAACCAGUUGAGCUUACAUCUUCUUUCCCUCGCAUCGGUACAAGCUACUGCUUGUAA